AUGCCUCGUUCCAAGCGUGCGCGCAUUGUCCACGAGUCCAAGACCGUCAAGAAGGACCACAAGGAGCAGACCCGCCGUCUGUACGCCAAUAUCCGGGAAUGUCUCGAGGAAUAUGAUCACCUGUUUCUCUUUUCGGUGGACAACAUGCGGAACACCUACCUGAAGGAUGUGCGCGCCGAGUUUGGAGACAGCCGUCUCUUCUUCGGCAAGACCAAAGUCAUGGCCGUCGCCCUUGGCACCACCCCCGAAAACGAAGCCGCUGAGAACCUGCACCGCCUUUCGUCUUACCUGACAGGUGCUGUCGGUCUGCUUUUCACCUCUCGCCCCGCCGAAUCCGUCACCGAGUACUUUGAGAACUUCCGCCCCUCAGACUUUGCCCGUGCUGGCACCGUGGCCACCCGCUCUUUUAGCCUCCCUAAUGGCCUGGUCUGUGCUAGCGGCGGCGAGAUCCCAGCCGAGCAGGACGAGCCUGUUAGCCACACUAUCGAGCCUGCACUGCGCAAGCUGGGCGUUCCCACUCGUUUGGUAAAGGGCAAGGUCAUGCUCGAACUGACCGAGGGCCAGAAGGGCUUCCCUAUCUGCCGGGAGGGCGAGACACUUGACUCCCGGCAAACUACCCUUCUCAAGAUGUUCGGUGUGACUUCUUCCGAGUUCAAGGUCGAUCUGAAGGCCCAGUGGUCGCGGGAAACCGGGGAGAUCAAGAUCCUGGAGCAGGGUGGCAUGGACACUGAUGCAUAG